AUGGCCGGACAACAAGCGUUCAAGCAGGAGCCCCAUAAGCUCUUGGUCAUUCCCGGUCCUAUUGAGAUUGCAGACGAGGUCCUUUAUGCCAAUGCUCAUCCCUCAAUGUCUCAUGUCUCUGCGGAUUUUAUUCCGGUUUUUGGCGAUUGCAUCAGGAUGCUCCGCCAGGUUCUAUACACUAAGGAUGGUCAGCCAUUCCUUGUUGCUGGCAGUGGCACCCUUGGAUGGGACAUGGUCGCCAGCAACCUCGUUGAAGCAGGAGAAGACGCUCUAGUUUUGCAUUCAGGCUACUUUGCUGAUAGCUUUGCUGAUUGCACUGGUGUACUUUCCGACGCCAAGAUGAUUGGCCAAGUAGUCAAACGUGUCUCUCCUGAUACACUUGUUGUACUUGACGGUGUAUGCUCUGUUGCGAGCGAAGAGAUUCGCAUGGAUGAUUGGGGCAUUGACGUUGUCCUAUCGGCUACACAAAAGGGACUUGGAACUCCUCCUGGCUUGAGCGUCGUAUGCGCAAGUCAGCGUGCUCUUAAUGUCCUCAAAGGACGCAAAACGCCGGUAUCAUCAUACUUUGCUAACUGGAACAGAUGGCUACCCAUCAUGCAAGCCUACGAAAGGCAGUCCUCUGUACUUUGCCACUUAAAUUUGAUCUAUGCUUUCCAUGCCUCGCUUUCCGCAAUUACCAAGAAUCAGCCAUCACUCGAGGAGCGCUUCAAGCUGCACAAGGAGGCCAGCUCUAAGAUAAAAAAGGCCGUAGCCGACCUGGGACUUAAACUAGUCCCCAACGAUCUCGCAUUUGCGGCUAAUGGAAUGACGGCAGUGUACUUCCCGGAUGGCAUUUCUGCCCCGGAUAUCAUUCCACGAAUGCUGAAACAGGACGUCGUUGUAGCCGCUGGGUUGCACAAGGAAGUCAAAGACAAAUACUUCAGAGUUGGACACAUGGGAAUUACGGUUACUGACGAAUCCCGCGGCGAUGUUGACAAAAUUAUUUCCGCCUUGCAAAAAGCAUUCGCUGAAGCACGUGCCAAGUAA